AUGGCAGAGCUAAUUAACAUGUACAGCCUGAUGGCCACUACUGCAACCCAAGAGUUGUUUGGCAUCACUGAGACUUCAGUGCCCUGGGCUGUGUCAGAGCAGUUCUGGGGGCUUCCACACCUCAUUCUGAAAGCCACCCGUCCUGAUGAAGCUGAGGGGCACCGGAUCACCUGGCCCAGCUCUGCAGUCAACGUGACACUGCAGUUCCCAGAUGCUGUUGAGCAAGCUGAGUCAGCAUCUCCAGCAUCAUCCCUACUCCAGAAGGAAAGUGUUUCACAGGCCACCAGCUCCACACUCCCUGACUGCUGCCUGCAGCUCCCUCCUUAUUCUCAGGCAGCUGCAGUAAUGUGGGCGUCCUUGCGGCAGGACCAGCCCACUCCCUGGCAACUGCAUCGUGAGCGAUGCUUGCAAAUUCAGGCAAAACCCAUUUAUGGUGGCUGGUUACUCCUGGCUCCAGAUGGGACUGAUUUUGACAACCCAGUGCACCGGUCUCGGAAAUGGCAGCGGCGGUUCUUCAUCCUUUAUGAGCACGGACUCUUACGCUAUGCCUUGGAUGAGAUGCCCACAACCCUCCCUCAGGGCACCAUCAACAUGAACCAGUGCACAGAUGUAGUGGAUGGGGAAGGCCGCACUGGACAGAAGUUUUCCCUCUGCAUCCUGACGCCUGAGAAAGAGCAUUUCAUCAGAGCAGAGACCAAGGAGAUCAUCAGUGGGUGGUUAGAGAUGCUUAUGGUCUAUCCCAGGACCAACAAACAGAACCAGAAGAAGAAACGGAAAGUGGAGCCACCCACCCCGCAGGAGCCAGGGCCUGCCAAGGUAGCUGUCACAAGCAGCAGCAGUAGCAGUAUCCCAAGUGCUGAGAAAGUCCCCACCACCAAAUCCACCCUGUGGCAGGAAGAAAUGAGGGCUAAGGACCAGCCCGAAGGAAGCAGCCUGAGCCCAACUCAAAGUCCUAGCCAGAGCCAGUCUCCUACUGCUAGCUCCCUGCGGGAAUCAGGGCUAGACAACAAAGAAGAGGACAGUGCCAUGAAUGGUGACCGUGUGGACUGUGGCCGCAAGGUGCGGGUGGAGAGCGGCUACUUCUCCCUGGAGAAGGCCAAGCAGGACCUGAAGGCAGAGGAGCAGCUGCCCUUGCCGCUCUCCCCGCCCAGCCCCAGCACCCCCAACAGCAGGAGGUCCCAGGUAAUUGAGAAAUUUGAGGCUUUAGACAUUGAGAAAGCAGAACACAUGGAGACCAAUGCAUCAGCCAUGCCCUCCCCAUCAAGUGAUACUCGCCAGGGCCGCAGUGAGAAGAGGACCUUCCCUAGGAAGCGGGACUUCACCAGCGAAGCCCCCACUGCUACUCUCUCAGAUGCCUCGGCUUCCCCCCUGUCUCCACACCGAAGAGCCAAGUCACUGGACAGGAGGUCCACGGAGUCCUCCAUGACGCCCGACCUGCUGAAUUUCAAGAAAGGCUGGCUAACCAAGCAGUAUGAGGAUGGGCAGUGGAAGAAGCACUGGUUUGUCCUGGCUGAUCAGAGCCUGAGAUACUACAGGGACUCCGUGGCUGAAGAGGUGAGUACAAAGGAGGGUGAGUUCACCUUGUCAGCCAUGACAUCAGGGAUCCGGCGGAACUGGAUCCAGACCAUCAUGAAGCAUGUACACCCAACCACAGCCCCAGAUGUGACCAGCUCAUUACCAGAGGAAAAGAACAAAAGCAGCUCAUCUUUUGAGACCUUUUCCAGGCCACAUGAGAAGCAAGAGGUAGACCCUGGACAGCUCGAUCCCGAACAGAAGAGAAGCCGUGCUCGAGAGCGAAGGCGGGAGGGCCGCUCUAAGACCUUUGACUGGGCUGAGUUCCGCCCCAUCCAGCAGGCUUUGGCACAAGAGAGGGCCAGUGCCACAAGGCCCUCUGAUUCCCGUGACCCUGGUCAUCCUGAAGCAGAAUCUGGAGAGUUGGAGCGGGAACGUGCUAGGCGACGGGAAGAGCGCCGCAAGCGCUUUGGGGUGCUGGACACAGUAGAUGGACCCAGCGCUGAGGACAUAGCUCUACGCAUGGACGUUGACCGGAGCCCAGGGCUUCCAGGAACUGAUCUCAAGACACAAAAUGUUCAUGUGGAGAUAGAGCAGCGAUGGCAUCAAGUGGAGACUACUCCUCUACGGGAAGAAAAGCAGGUGCCCAUUGCCCCCUUGCACCUGUCCUCAGAGGAUGGAAGUGACCGACUCUCCACACAUGAGCUUACUUCUCUGCUGGAAAAGGAGCUGGAGCAGAGUCAGAAGGAGGCUUCGGACCUUCUGGAGCAGAACCGACUCCUGCAAGACCAGCUGAGGGUGGCCCUGGGUCGAGAGCAGACAGCCCGGGAGGGCUAUGUGUUGCAGGCCACAUGCGAGCGAGGCUUUGCUGCCAUGGAGGAGACUCACCAAAAGAAGAUUGAAGACUUGCAGAGGCAGCACCAGCGGGAGCUGGAGAAGUUGAGAGAGGAGAAGGACCGCCUCCUAGCUGAGGAGACCGCGGCUACCAUCUCAGCCAUUGAAGCAAUGAAGAAUGCUCACCGGGAGGAGAUGGAGCGCGAAUUAGAGAAGAGCCAGCGGUCCCAAAUCAGCAGCAUCAACUCUGACAUUGAAGCCCUUAGGCGGCAGUACCUGGAAGAGCUGCAGUCAGUGCAGCGGGAGCUGGAAGUCCUCUCGGAGCAGUACUCACAGAAGUGCCUGGAGAAUGCACACCUGGCCCAAGCGCUGGAGGCCGAGCGGCAGGCCCUACGGCAGUGCCAGCGUGAAAACCAGGAGCUUAAUGCCCAUAACCAGGAGCUGAAUAACCGCCUGGCUGCGGAGAUCACAAGGUUGCGAACACUGCUGACCGGGGAUGGUGGUGGGGAGGCAGCUGGAUCACCCCUCACACAGGGCAAGGACGCCUACGAGUUAGAGGUCUUGUUGCGGGUCAAGGAAUCAGAAAUACAAUACCUGAAGCAGGAGAUCAGCUCUCUCAAGGACGAACUCCAAACGGCACUUCGGGACAAGAAGUACGCGAGUGACAAGUAUAAAGAUAUCUACACAGAGCUCAGCAUUGCCAAGGCCAAGGCUGACUGUGAUAUCAGCAGGCUGAAAGAGCAGCUAAAAGCAGCUACAGAAGCGCUGGGAGAGAAAUCCCCUGAGAGCACUGCUGUGUCGGGAUAUGACAUAAUGAAAUCUAAAAGCAACCCCGACUUCCUCAAGAAAGACAGAUCCUGUGUUACCCGGCAACUCAGAAACAUCAGGUCCAAGAGUCUGAAGGAAGGCCUGACGGUGCAGGAGCGUUUGAAGCUCUUUGAAUCCAGGGACUUGAAGAAAGACUAGCUGCGUCCUGGUCCACUCAACACGCACUCUUCCCAGCUGGCAGCGGCACAACCCGAGCGUGGCUUCUUGUCUGCACCUUUGUUUUUUAUUGUACUGUCAACGUUAGCUGUGGGUAUGGAUGCAUGAGAGACUGGUGUAUGGGUUGUCUGCACCAUUCCCUGCUGUGUUGGUUCUGACUUCCCGUUGUCUUUAUCACAGCUUUUUCCCAUGGUAUUCCAAAAGUAGUCAAGCUCAAGCAGUGGGGUGAGCAGCGCCCUCCCGCUGUCCCAGGGCACUCACUGUCAGUAUUAAGGCACAGCAGCCUGUUGAUAAGCUAGCCCUGCCUCUGAGCACAAGUGCAGGAAGCUGCCUGUGGCUCUGCUCUGCUGCACGAGCCUGAGCACUCACAGAUGGACACAACCCCGCUGGGCACAGCAGAGCCACCUGGCUGUCUUGGUUUGGCCUACGGUGGCUCGCCAGCCUGGUUGUUAGAGGAGGAGGAGGCCUGGGGUGGGGGUACAGCCUACAGGCAUUGCCUUUUUGGCCUGGGAGGAUAGCAUUUUGUAUUUGUUCCACUAAUGCAGCUUAGAACCACGCCCCAGAUAAUCCUGGCAAACCUUUCACAACCUGGAAAAUGUUGAAAGCAACCAUUCCUAUUUUUGUUUUUUAUUAAAUCUUGCACAAAA